UCUAAUCGUUUGAUAAAUAUUUAUCGUUAAAUAUAUAAAGUGUGAGAGAAAAAUGAAGAAUCUUUUAAGACUCUUUAUCGUUAUUUGCGCGUUUCUCGCAAUAUCUGCUGAGAAAUCGGUAGAUUAUGCAGACACUCUGAUUCUGAAGCAUCGGACCAGAAGUUUACCAGAGAUCAUGGAAAGUCCUCAGAAAAAUUGGACGACUUUGACCGAAGCUUUGGACAUUUACAGUGCUCGUAAUCUCGCGAGAAACUGGGUGGAAGGAAAAUAUCCGAUUGGUGAACAAUGUGGCAAAGAUAUCAGUAGGUACAUCGAGGGUUUGAAGAACCAAGAAUUGUGGGCACUUAAGGUUGACGAUGCUUCGGGUAGAUACACCAAUGGUUUCUUCUGGGGUAAUUCAUAUUUCACUGGGUCAGCAACAGAAUGUGGAUACAUCGGUCAAAAUUACGUACGAAGUAAUGAAAAAUCUACAUCCAUGUCUAUCAUAGAUGAAGUACAGGAAUUUAACACAGAACCCCAUAAAAAAGGAAACCCCGGUUUGAGUGGCUCUAAUCUUUUAACGCAAACUUUAAUAGAUCAACCACCUUAUCCUUUAGGUUUUUAUAUGAUGAGAAUUUCUUUAAAUAUGACCUUGUUACCUACGACAAGAUUGAUGCACAUUGGAGUUUGUUUGCCAUUUUCUUGCACAUCGGCUGACGUAUCAAUAAUAGCAAAACUUGCUGCUAGUGAUAUUACUGGUAAAAAUGUAGUCAUUGAAAAAGUUCGAGAUCAACGCAAUUUGUACGACAUGUACUCCGAUCCUGUCUAUUGGAUUCUUUUUGGAGUCACGUCUGCGGUGAUGAUUCUUAUGAUAGCUGGUUCUGGAUAUGAUUGGUAUUUGACUCGAAUGGUCGCUCGAAAAAAGAAUAUGAUUUACGAUUUGGAAAAACAUGGAAAGCUUGAUCAACUCAGUAAUGGAAAUCCAAAAACGUUAAACGUCGCAGAUACGGUUCCCAAUGGAUCUGCGCCGGUCAAUAACAAUAACGAUCACGAGAAUACCUUGCAGCCAUCCGAUGAAGUAUAUAAACUUAGUGUUCUUGAAGAGUUGCUCUUGUCUUUCUCUGUUCCUUCCAAUUUAAAAGUUAUCUGUGAUGGUAAUGUUGGAGGAGAUACAAUCAGUACCAUUCAUGGUCUAAGAGCAAUAUCAAUGGCUUGGGUGAUACUUGGGCACACUUGUAUAAUAGUUUUCAAAUACUCUGAUAACAUGGAAUAUCGAAAAGUUGUUGAGAAAAAGUUUCUUUUUCAAACAAUUACUAAUGGAGCUUUCAGCGUGGAUACCUUUUUCUUUAUGGGCGGUUUACUUGUUAGUUUUCUAUACUUUAGGACCAAUGCUAAAGGAGAUUUGAAUAAACUUACUCAGGGCACAAAAGGUUUUGUUUCUGGGUCAUUGAAAUUCAUUGGGUUGCUUGUCUAUAGAUUCUGUAGGCUUACAGCACCGUAUAUGUUUAUUCUGGGUGUUGUUGAGAUUUCUAUGAAAUGGUUCCAUUACAAUUCUGUCUUUGAACCUCCUACGGCUGAUCAUUACAAUUGCCCUAAUUACUGGUGGAGAAAUUUACUUUAUAUUAAUACUUUCUUUCCUGUAGACCAAAUGUGUAUGCCUUGGAGUUGGUACGUUGCGGACGAUACACAGUUCUAUAUCGUUGGUGGAGUAAUAUUAGUAUUAGCUGUAAAUCACUUUAAAAUUGCAGCAACUGCUGUUAUCACUUUAUUAGUGAGCUCCUGGUUAACAACAGGGUACAUUGCACUUGCUAAUAAUCAUAUGCCAAGUUCGGAUGAUCCACUGGCUUUGUUUGACAAAAUUUAUGAUAAACCAUGGACUAGAUUAGGACCAUAUCUAAUUGGGAUGUCAGUAGGAUAUUUUCUCUUCAAGACUGAUUGUAAAGUGAAAAUGUCGAAGGUAAGACUAAAUAACUAUAAGAAUAAAUAACUUGGCGUCAUUUUUGAAACAUUUCAUUUCAUCAUUUUCACAGGCCACAGUUGUUAUAGGGUGGUUACUUUCUUUCGGCUGUCUUUUAAGUUUACUUUAUGGUUUAUAUGAAACUGAACUUAGUCCUGUGACUUCCGCUGCCUAUUCUUCAUUAAGCCACAGUGCUUGGGCACUUGGUUUAGCAUGGAUUAUUGUUGCAUGUAGUACAGGUUACGGAGGUAAAUGUCAUCAUAAAAAUAGAAAAAUGUCAAAAUAAUAAUGUGCUAAUAUUUUUAGGAUAUAUAAACAAAAUUUUGUCAGCACCUAUUUUAUAUCCAUUCAGUAGAGUGACCUAUUGUGCUUAUCUUAUUCAUCCAAUAAUAAUUAGACUGACUACUAUGAAUUUAGAUUCACCUUUUCAUUUGGGAAAAGAUACAAUGGUAAAUACUUUUAACGUAUAAGUUAUAAUCAAUUAUCUAUAACAUUAUAUUAUAUAUUAACACCAUAAAUUUUCUAUUUCAGAUGAUAACUUUCUUAGGACAAUUGAUCUUAUCUUAUUUCCUAUCAUUCAUUGUAUCAGUGAGUUUUGAAGCUCCCGUAGUAAGCAUGUUAAAAAUUCUCGCACCAAAAAAAAGAAAACGCAUACAAUGAGAAGACUUAUAAACUUAUUUAAUCAAUGUGCAGUCUUUAUACACAUAUUUAUACAACAUUAUUUACAGUCUUUUUUCUUUUCUUUUCUUUCCUUCUCUUUUAUAAUAAGAUCUUUAAACUUUGUAAAAAACAAUCUAUUGGUAGAUAUACAACGAUAAAAGUAAUGUACACAUUUCAAAUAAAUGUGUUUUCUUAAAUUUUGUAUGUAUUGUCAAUUAUAAAAUAAAUUAUUUCUUUUUUU